CCGGUGAAUUCGAAGUUCGAAAUCCCUACCUAACAUCCUAAAGAUCAAAAAUGUCGGACGGCGAAGUUGAAGCUGCCGAGCUGGUCGGCGCCGAACCCCACGACUUUGUCUCGCUUCUUUCGUCUUCCGAGAGGGACUUUCUUGUCCGUAACAAUGGUGAUCAGAUUAAGGUUGAGAGCUUGAAGGGGAAAAAGCUUGCGCUGUAUUUUUCUGCAUCAUGGUGCGGUCCGUGCAAACGAUUCACCCCAGCUUUGGUUGAGGCCUACAAUGAACUCUCUCCAAAAGGUGAUUUUGAGAUUGUAUUUAUCUCCGCUGAUGAAGACAAUGAGUCAUUCGAAGAGUACUUCACGAAGAUGCCAUGGCUUGCAAUUCCGUUCUCUGAUUCAGAGGCACGCGAUCGCGUGGAUGAGUUGUUCAAAGUUAGAGGGAUACCCCAUCUUGUGAUCCUUGGCGAAGAUGGUAAAGUUUUGAGUGACGGUGGAGUUGGGAUUAUUCAGGAGUACGGAGCUGAUGCGUACCCUUUUACGCCGGAAAAGUUGAAAGAGCUGAAAGAUCAAGAAGAAGCUGCCAGAAGGGAUCAGUCCUUGAAAACAAUCCUGGUCUCCCGCUCGCGCGACUUUGUAAUUUCAAAUGAUGGAGAGAAGGUGCCCGUUUCUGAACUAGAAGGGAAGAUAGUGGCUCUCUAUUUCUCAUUGUUCUCGUACGGUCCGUGCGUAGAAUUUACUCCAAAACUUGUGGAGGCUCAUGAGAAGCUAAAAGCAAAUGGAGAGAACUUCGAGAUUGUGUUGGUGCCACUUGAUGAUGAUGAAGAAUCAUUCAAGCAAUAUUUUGAGAAAAUGCCUUGGUUUUCUUUACCCAUCGGGGACAAAAGUGUACAGAAGUUGGCUCGGGACUUUGAGCUCUCAACCUUGCCCACGGUGGUUGUUAUUGGGGCAGAUGGUAAAACACUUAAUGAGAACGUUGCCGAUGCCAUUGACGAGCAUGGGAGUCUGGCUUACCCCUUCACACCAGAGAAGUUUGCAGAGCUCGUUGAGAUAGAAAAGGCAAAGGAGAGAGCUCAAACCCUGGAGUCAAUUUUGAUUUCCGGGGAUCGAAAUUUUGUCAUUGGAAAAGAUGGAACUCAGAUCCCUGUGACAGAUCUAGUGGGGAAGAACAUUCUCCUUUACUUCUCAGCUCACUGGUGCCCUCCAUGCCGUGCCUUUCUGCCAAAACUUGUUGAAGCCUACCACGAGAUUAAGGCCAAGGACGAUGCAUUUGAAGUCAUUUUCAUCUCCAGUGACAGAGACCAAAACGCAUUUGAUGAGUUUUUCGCCACAAUGCCAUGGCUUGCUCUUCCCUUUGGUGACUCAAGGAAAGCCUUGUUGAGUCGGAAAUUCAAGGUCCAGGGCAUCCCCAUGCUCAUAGCAAUCGGUCCUACUGGCCAAACCGUCACAAAAGAAGCAAGAAAUCUCAUCAUGCAUCAUGGGGCAAAUGCUUAUCCUUUCACCGAAGAGCGAGUGAAGGAGAUUGAAGCGGAAUUUGAGGAGAUGGCAAAGGGGUGGCCUGAGAAGUUGAAGAGUGCACUCCAUGAGGAGCACGAGCUUGUGCUCUCGAAGCGUAGAGCUUUUGUGUGUGAUGGGUGCGGAGAACCGGGAGGGGGGUGGUCAUUCUACUGUAAGGAGUGUGAUUUCGAUCUCCACCCGAAGUGCGCGUUGGAGGGAGAUAAAAAGACCGAAAACGGUGCCAAGCAGGAAGAAGAGGAAUCCAAAGAAGGAUGGGUUUGUGAUGGUGGUGUUUGCACAAAAGCUUAAGAAGUAUGCAUCAUGUAUGUGUAAUGUGUGUGUGAGAUAAUAAGGCUUGAAACUGCUUCUAGCAAGUAGUGGCUUGUAUGUUGAUGUCGUGUGGCUUGUUAUGUUGAUGUCGUUUCAGAUGGUAUAAUAUUCUAAUUUUUAUUAUUAUAAGAGAGUGUGACAAAUUAAGAA